GCGACAAUGGCGGAGGUACUGGCGCCCUUUGCAAAACGGAGUAAAAAAAACCAACACAAGUAGCAAAGUGCAGUCAACAAGUCCCCUCAAUAAAAGCUUGAAGACUUCAAUAACACUUGCAUAUUUUGAACAUCAGAGUUACCUCCCUUGAACCGUGACCAGUGCCACUAGCUGCUAUGUUCAAGAUGCAACUUACCAGUACAGAUGGUGCUGGUCAACCUGCGAGUAAUGGUGGACCCCAAGAAGACUGUUAUGAUGAUCUGGUCAUACAAUCUGAUAAUGAAGUCACCCCUAUGACUGAUAUCGAGGACAGCUCAGGUGAUGAAGUACAUGCUGAAGAAUACCUGAUAAUACAAAGGCAGUCUGUACACGAUGAAGUCAAGAUCAGCCCCGACUUCCAUCCAAGUAACCCCAGGACAACCAAUCAGGUGAAGCAUGCAAUACCAGAUGGGAACAGAACACUUAGUCCAGUUGUAAACACGGCAGGGAGAAACAGCAACAGUAGAAAUAAUAAGGAAAAACUGAAUGUUUUGAAGAGGAACCUUGAACACACAAGGAACUCUAGCCCACAUGGCGAGUCUGAAAAUGAUGAUGAUGAUGGGGUUCAUGUUGAUGAGAUUGACGACGGGGAUGGUGGUGGAGGGGUUGACGACAGUGAUGGAAAUGCACACGAGCCAGCCAAUUCAGGGAUACUGAUAAAAAAGGAAGGGUGUGAUUCAGAUGAAGAGUGUGGCUCAGUCAUAUCUCAUCAUGGCAGUGAUGUCGCUAAGGUGGUCUCUGCUAUAAAUGCUUGCAACAGUGAUGUUAGUAUAAUGACAGAAGCUUGUGUCGACGUGUCCGGGAUUCUGCCAUUUCCCACACAAGCUGAAAACCCUGAUGAACAAUUGGAAUCUGAUAAUGCUCAAGUGAACAUGAAUCUUGCAACAGCUAAUGAAUCCGUUAAUCCUUAUUUUAAACCCUUGGAGACAGAUCCUUUUAGUUCAUACCCUUCUGUAAUUGAUCCUGGAGUACCACUUCAGGAUGAGGCGGCUGGAAAAGUCGUGUCGCGACAACAAUCCUCCCCCAACCGUACCAAACAACAGAGGAAGAAGAGGAGCAGGAAGACGGCCUUGAAAGAGUGUCCUGUUUGUAAGAAAAGAUUCUCUUCCUCGGAUCUGGAGCAGCAUUUAAGGAAGUCACACAAACACGCUUGUGAAAUAUGCGGUAAAAAGAUCAAAGACUUUGUGUUGUUCCAAGGCCAUAUGAGAGAGCAUGCUGGCGAACCUACCCCUUACUGGUGUGAUCUUUGUGACAAGCGAUUUGACCAUUACAGCAGAUUGGACAAUCACAAGAGGCAGCACACUCUCCAGGGACGCUGGGAGUGUUCAAAGUGUGGUAAGGUGUUCACCCAUGAGGAUAAAUAUUUCUCUCACCUGAAGAUCCAUGAAGAUUCCAACGUGAACAAGUAUGAUGUGCUUGGCAAACAACCUGCUUUGUCUGCUAAUCUUCUUAAACACUCCGAGGAGAAGCCGAUAGAGUGUCCAGUAUGUGAGAAACGCUUUAAUCUAAGACAUGCUCUAGUUUACCACAUGCGCCGCCAUACAGCAGCAACAGUGAAAUCGGCUACUUGUGAAAUAUGUGGCAAAGUGUUUAGUCAAAAUAGUACAUUAACUGUUCAUAUGAAUAUCCACACCGGCAGGAAGCCCCAUGUUUGUAUAUAUUGUGGGAAACGAUUUUCCCAGCUGAGCAGCAAAAAUAGACAUGAAAUGACCCACGAGAGCCCAAGUAAGAAGUCUCUUGACUCAGAGUCUGAAGAACAGUCCUUCGACUGUGACAAGUGCCUCAUGAGCUUUGCCAGCCUGGAACUUCUUGAUGGCCACACACAGGAAACCCAUGCAAGCAUUCCCAAAGAGACCCCAAGCAGUCAGAUAAUAGCAGUGUGCACAAAGCCUAAUUCCUGUGGAGUAUGUGGGAUGCAAUUCUUGACGAAAGGUGGACUUAGGAGACACAGAAGCAAGAAACACCCAGACUAUGUUGCCGUUGGAAAGAGGACAUACUCAUCUCUGGGAAAGACUUUGAAAUCCAGUGAACAUACUGGGACUGAUACCACUGACUCUAUUGUGGACAAAGAAGCACCUGCAAAAUCUGCCAGGAACUCAAAGAAACAGCGUAAAAGGAAGCCACACAGACAUGUUUGUGAAAUAUGCGGUAAAACAGUCAAAGUCUUUGCUCUGUUCCAAGGCCAUAUGAGGGAGCAUGCGGGUGAACCAACCCCUUACUGGUGUGAUCAAUGUGACAAGCGAUUUGAUCAUUUUAAAAUGUUGGAAAGUCACCAUAGAUGGCACAGUCUCAGAGGACGCUGGGAGUGUUCCAAGUGUGGAAAGAUGUUCACCCUUCGUGAAAAUUAUUUCACUCACUUGAAGUUGCAUGUAGAUUCCAACUUGAACAAGUGUGAGGUGUGUGGCAGACAAUAUGCCUCACAUGAAUAUCUUAGAAAACACAUGGUGGUACACUUAGAGGAGAAGCCGAUAGAGUGUCCAGUAUGUGAGAAACGCUUUAAUUUUAGAAGCACUCUAGUUUACCACAUGCGCCGCCAUACAGCAGCAACUCUGAAAUCGGCUACCUGUGAAAUAUGUGGCAAAGUGUUAAGUCAAUAUGGUGCAUUAGCUGAUCAUAUGAAUAUCCACACCGGCAGGAAGCCCCAUGUUUGUAUAUAUUGUGGGAAACGAUUUGCCCAGCUGAGCACAAAAACUGGACAUGAAUUGACCCACGAGAACCCAAAUAAGAAGUCUCUUGACUCAGAGUCUGAAGAACAGAGAACCAAGAACAUGUUACAGUCCUUCGAUUGUGAUCAGUGUCUGGAAAGCUUCACCAGCCGCGAACUACUUAAUGUCCACACACAGAAAGCCCAUGCAAUCAUUCCUAAACAGACCCUAAACCCAACAUUAGAUUCAGGCCCAACAAAGGAUUUACCAACAUCCAAGCGAAGAUCAGGCCCAACAAAGGAUUUACAGAGAUCCGAGCAAAGGUCAGGCCCAACAAAGGAUUUACAGAGAUCCAAGCAAAGGUCAGGCCCAACAAAGGAUUUACCGACAUCCAAGCGAAGAUCAGGCCCAACAAAGGAUUUACAGACGUCCAAAGAAAGGUCAGGCCCAACAAAGGAUUUAACGACAUCCAAAGAAAGGUCCACCAACAGUAAGGCAAGGAGCAAUGUUAAUAAGAAGAAGUGUAAUAUCUGCGGGAAAUUAGUCGUAGAGCUUCGAAAACACAUGAAGUUUCAUGGGGAGAAGAUGUACGUAUGUCGGGUCUGUGGUAUGAGGUUCCAUAUUGCCUGCACUCUCAAGCGCCACAUGCGUCUGCACACUGGGGAGAUGCCAUACCAGUGUAAGAUUUGUGGAGAACGAUUCUUGAAAGCAGAAGCUCUUAAGAAGCACAAGGCAAGACACGAGGGCAAGGAACUGGAGAAGAAGUAUGAGUGUCCAACCUGUGGGAAGAAGUUCCUCGACAACUAUCACAUGAGGCGACACAGUGUGGUUCACAAGAAAUCGGCAAAAAUAUUUGACACUGACCCAGCACCUGGAGAUUAAUAGUCAUGUCUACGGGAGAUGGCCCAAAGUAUGUGACACUUGCCGACUGAAUGAAAGACACAGUGAGGUGGACACGAAAUGGCAAAAAAUGUGUAACACCAACCUAUUGAAUGAUGGCACACUGUGUUCACAGAGGAUGGCCAAAUAAAAGGUACCUCUCUCCUGCCUGAAGGGACAUAGUGUGUUCCACAGGAGAUGGCCCAAAAUAUAUGAUGCCGACCUACUGAAUGACAGGACAUAGUGUGGUCCCCAAGAGAUGGCCGACAAUAUGUGACACCAACCUACUGAAUGGAUGGGCAUAGUCUGGUCCACAAAGGAUGGCCAAAAAUACAUGACACUGACCCACUGAAAGAAGGGUAUAGUGUGGUCCACAAGAGAUGUCCAAAACUAUGUGACACCGACCUACUGAAUGAAGGGUAUAGUGUGGUCCACAAGAGAUGUCCAAAAACUAUGUGACACCGACCUACUGAAAGAAAGGGUAUAGUGUGGUCCACAAGAGAUGGCCAAAACUAUGUGACACCAACGUACUGAAUGAAGGGACAUUGUGUGGUCCUCAGGAGAUGGCCAAAACUAUGUGACACCAACGUACUGAAUGAAGGGACAUUGUGUGGUCCUCAGGAGAUGGCCAAAACUAUGUGACACCAACGUACUGAAUGAAGGGACAUUGUGUGGUCCUCAGGAGAUGGCCAAAAAUACAUGACACUAACCUCAUGAUUGAAGAGUAUUCUGUGGUCCACACAAGAGGACCAAAAAUGCAUGACACUGACCUCAUUAUUGAAGGGGCAUCAUGUUGUUCUAUUACUGUGUGACAGUCACCCUGAUGUUUCAGGAUCUAUCAUUGCCGUGACAUAAUGUCCCGAAGAUAGAUAUUUAUCAAUGAUUUUGUCAAUGUGUAUAUCCAGGUUGUGUAGUUCUAUAUAUAUUAUCUUUAUUAUUUAGCAGUUUUAAUUAAUUCUUUUCCUAUGCAGGCAUCUUUUUUACACUGUUAUACACUUUACAGACCUGUUUUGAUGGUAAUAUAUUGAAUAUGUUAUGUUUUUAUCCAUUUAAUACUCAGUAAACCUUUUACAAUGUU